AUGCGCACUCUCGAGUCGCGACUCGAUCGCAUAUCCAUCCAGGAUGAAAACGACGGCUGCGAGAGCUCCAAACUCUACUCCAAGUCCAAGGCCCUCGCUACUUCGGCCACGACACACCUCCACCAUGGAAGCAGCCGGACGAAUCUCGUCAAGGUUGCCCUUCAGUCCCAGAGUCAGUCGCAAAACCAGGCCGCCAUCGCCUCGGUGACGCUCCCUUCACAGGCGGUGCAGCGCAAGCCCAACCCCGCGUCGCCGCCGCGGAAACCGCUGCCUUCGAGCGCGCCGCGCGCGUCGGACGAGUCGAUCGAGGAGGCCGGGGCCCUCAUCGAGCAGCCCGCCAUACCGAAGCAGUUUCACCUCGGCAUGUUCGAGAUUGGUCGACCCCUCGGCAAGGGCAAGUUUGGCCGUGUUUACCUGGCCAAGGAGCGGACGAGCGGCUUCAUCUGCGCCCUCAAGGUGCUCCACAAAAGCGAGCUCCAGGUGGGCGGUGUCGAGCGGCAGGUACGACGAGAGAUUGAGAUCCAGAGCAACCUCCGCCAUCCCAACAUCCUGCAAAUGUUUGGCCACUUCCACGACAGCAAGCGCGUCUUCCUCAUCCUCGAGUUCGCCGGCAAGGGAGAGCUGUACAAGCACCUCCGGAGGGAGAACCGGUUUCCCGAGUGGAAGGCGGCCCAGUACAUCGCCCAGAUGGCCUCGGCCCUUCGCUACCUGCAUCGCAAGCACGUCAUCCACCGGGACAUCAAGCCCGAGAACAUCCUCGUCGGCAUCCACGGCGAGAUCAAAAUAUCCGACUUUGGUUGGAGCGUGCACGCGCCGAACAACAGGCGGAAGACCAUGUGCGGCACCCUCGACUACCUGCCCCCGGAGAUGAUCCAGCCGGGCUCGUCGGACAACUACUACAACGAAAAGAUUGACCUCUGGAGCUUGGGCGUUUUGACCUACGAGUUCCUCGUCGGCGAAGCUCCCUUCGAGGACACGCCCGUCAUGACGCACCGGAGGAUACGUCGCGCCGAGAUGUCCAUCCCGUCCUUUGUCAGUCCCGAGGGCAGCGACCUCAUCAAGAAGCUACUCGUUCUGGAUCCCGAGAAGAGAAUCCCGCUCGAGCAGAUUCCGCAACACCCCUGGAUCAUCAAGCACUGCGUCAAGGGCGAGAGGGCCGCGAAUCGGGAGAAGGCGUCGAGCUGA